AUGCCUCCGAAUUUGUACACACCGGCAGAUGGUCUCUUCGGCACCCAUGUUACAUGGGAGGACUGCGAAGAAGAUAUGCAACGAGAGUUGGACACGAUGGCAUCAUUCGGACCAAAUAAGACCGCUAAGGACAUCGGAGACGGUAAUGUGAGUUGUAGUGCUUUCCUUUCGAAGUCACUUAUUUCAACAUCAUUGAAAGCAAUAGAGCUUUUGAAUUCGACGCUGAUCCACAUCAUAGACCGGAAAAGCUGUAGCCGCUAA